UGCAGGAAUGUGGCUUCCCAGGGCCAAAGUUGGCCACCGAUGAACUAGUUCAAUUACCUAACUGUAGAAAAUGUCUUUGUCUUACAGUCUAAAGCCAUGAGGGAGAGAUGGCUUCUGCAGGGGACACCAGCAAUGCCACAAGAGGAAGAUGAAGGUCGGAGGAAACAGGUCGAGCAAGAUGAACUUCACGUCAAGACACUAGAAGAUGCCAUUCACAGAUUGGAAUCAGAAAUCUGUCUUUUGGAGAAUGAAGAAUCACAGAUCUCAGCUAAAGAGCAAGUUCUCAGAGAGCGACUGCGGGAAACAGAGAGAUCCAUUGAAGAUCUACAGAAGAGUCUUCAGAAUCAAGAUGGGGAUGCGGUGAAUUACAACUGUUCCCAGAUCCCAGACCUCCCAGAACUGAACUCCCAAACUCCCGUCUCAGCUUCAGGGGAUCAACAACCGCCAAGAAAAUCUGCAUUAUACGCCAUGGAGAUCAGUGUCGAAAAGGACCGGAAAACGGGUACCACCAAGAUCCUCUCGGCCUCAGCAGUCAACCCGCGGGACGCUCACCAGAGGGGCGUCAAAGUCUACGACGACGGUCGCAAAGUGAUCUACGAGGUGCGUUCUGGGGGAUCUACUACACUGGAGAACGGCACACACCCCUGGAGUCCCGGCGAGGUGGACAAACUCAUGCAGCAAGUCGACAAGACCCAACAACGAAGUGACGACGCCCGGGUCACUGUCACACCGGCUGAGCCCCAGCCAAUGGGAGGACAUUUGAGCUCCAAUGAGGCCAAGCAAAAUCAAAAACAAUCUCCUAGGAAAGGCUACGAAGGUGAGGUCACUCAGACUCCACAAGCCUCCGCCGACAAACCAGUGACCAUGAUCUUCAUGGGCUACCACAGCAUCGAGGACGAGGAGGAAUCCAAGAAGCUGCUUGGCUUUGAUGGCACCAUCAAGGCCGAGAUCGUCCUCAUCGACGAAGACGAUGAGAAAUCUCUCCGGGAGAAGACCGUCACUGAUAUCUCCACCAUCGACGGCAACGCCGCAGACCUCGUGUCGGGCCGGCCUCUGUCCGACACCACCGAACUGUCUUCAGAAGGCAAAGAUGAAAGCUCGACCAAGGAACUGCCACCCACAGGUAUUGAAAAGAAAAAGCGCUGCCAGUGCUGUGCUGUCAUGUGACCUUUCUUCCGCAACUUCUCUUUCCUGGAGCACAUUCACCAAGGCUCUGCCUUCCUUAAAAACCAAUCUCACCCUGUUACUAACAGCACCUCCACCUCUGUAACGUGAGAGAAGUUCGCUCCUCACUCUUUCUGACCUAUUUUACACAGAUUGUCUGGUUCUUUUGGUGUAAGGUUGUACAACUCGAACAGCAUGGAGGGAACAUCUUUAGGAGAAGAUGCUGACCGAGAGAAAAACAUACACUCUUAAAAAUAAAAGUACCUAUGGUUCCAUGAAGAACCUUCAACAUCC